AGGGAGGUGCUCACACAUACCCUGCAUCUCUCUUGUUAUACCCUGCUGUUAUACCUUGUUGUUAUACCCUACUGUUAUACCCUGCUAUUGUUAUACCCUGCUAUUGUUAUACCCUACUGUCUUGUCUAGAAUAAGUCACAAGAAUGGUGCUGCCAUUAUGGCAGUGCCACCAGUGGUGGUGACACUACUGCUACUAACUACUUGCAGCGUAACUUUGGGAAAUGUUGAAAACAGAUUACCAUCCCUUCCCUCACUGACUGACCUGAUGUCUCUGGAAGAUCAUCCUCUUGAAUCUCUGGCUGACCUAGAUGCUCUAACCAACACAAUAAGGAACCAUGCACAUCUACUUAUAUCUAAGGCCUUCUCUGCAGAGACUCGGAGAUACAAGAGAGCUUUGGAUAUAAAGUCUGUGGUUGUUACUGGUGUGCAUCCAUACGACUUUGACUUCGGUGCUGUUUUUGAGAGGGUGACUAGUUUGAAGCUGCUGCAUGUAGAAGAAAAGAUCUACUGCAUGUUGGGAAGCUACAGGUUGGCAUUCUUCCUUCAAAGGCUUUUAAUGUUCAGUGACUAUAGCAGUGUACAGUUGCCAUGCAUGACAUUGGUUUUGAACAGCUACUGGUAAAUUUUGAAGUUUGAU